AUGGAGCAGCUCCUUUCCAAACCGAACGUAGUGUACACGAAGGCCGACCAAUGCCAAUACGGACUCCGUGGAGAAUCUGGCCAACCCCAAAGAAAACGGACUGGUUUCGCCACCAACAGCCCCGAGAUCGCCAAGGCCCUGAACAUUCUAUGCCCUGGCAACCAUCAACAUGAAGUCAUCAUUGGUUGCAACAAGUCCAAGAAAGCACAGAUUUAUCCGGAAGGUCUUCGGGAAGCCAUCCUCGCGGCCUACUCACGCUCGAUUGGAGCUGAGGACGAUCAGAUCAAGUCGAAAGCGUUCUACCUGGCCCCCCAUGGGAACUACAUGCUGAAGAACCACGAGGUGAGGAUGAUGAAGGAGACCAUGAACCGGAAGGCGAUGAACAACCAAAUGCACCACUACCUCUGGAACGUCGCUUCACCAUGGACCGACUUUUACAUCGAGCACAUGUCGGAAUGGGACAUCCAAGUCCGGACCGAUUUGCCCGUAUACUUAGGUAUCGAACAAAGGCACCACAGGAAAACCUUCCUCAACCUCCUGCAGCAGAAGAUCUGCGAGAACAAGAUCACGACGAACUUCCUGCUGAAGAAGGACCAGGAGAACAACUAG